AUGGGAUUCAACGAUCCUCAAGCCAAGCGUAAUGCUCUACGUGACUGCAUUGCUUUCGGGGACCAAGAGAACCAACUUGCUCUUCUUCAGCUGCUAGCCAACGGUUGUACAGCGGUACUAUCAAAGACAGAUACCGAAAUCUUUGAAUCUGAAUUUGCACCAAGAAAGAUAAGGCAGAAACCACCUGAAGAUGUUCGGUCGGCCGCAGGCUCGCUCUUCCAGGUGCUCGAGGCCACACGCCGGUGUACUUGUGAGCCUAUACACAAGUACAUCGUGCAACUAUCAUUGGGAACACACAGGGAACCAGUGACUAGCUGCGACUUUGACCUUUACUUUGGACUGGAACAAACUUGGCAAGAAGCUCGAGUACAAACUGGUGCGCCAAUGCAUUCAGCGGUCCCUCGGCAUCAGACAACAGGAGAGAAUAGUGGCAGAUCCAUAAGGCGCCGAGACCAGAGACGCCGCGUCCAUCAAUUAUGCAAAGACAUCCUCAAUACAAAAAGACGAUUCCCGGACUAUCGACUGAAGUUUUGUCUGGAGGAAGACUGUCUCUGGAAACUGCAAUCAGAAGAGAGUGAUUUAGUGAACGACAAAUCAAAGGCUCCAGUGUCUCUCACACAGUUACUGACCGACGGCGUAACCUUGCUCAACGAGAGAAUCAAACGUAUUUUGAGCGUUAUGCUCGGUUACGCUGUCCUUCAUCUUCACAAAACAUCAUGGCUUUCACCAACGUGGGGCUCAGAUAACGUCAUGUUUUUCAGAUCAGUUGAUGGCCUUCCCAUGCGCCCCUAUAUCAGAACACCACUGGGUGACGAUGAGGCUACAGGUCAGUCCUCAUCAGAAAGGGCGAAUGAUGGAGAUGAAGAGGAAUUCGACCCAGACGACCUCUUAUUGCCUCCAUAUCCUUACCUGAUUGGACUUGCUAUAGUCCUGAUGGAAGUACAUAAAGCUACACCAUUUAGGAUCCUCUCAGAGACUUGCAAUGUGUCGGCUAGUGACGAAGACGAUCUCGCUGCACGAUUCAUCAAUGCAAGGGAUGUCUUCAGGCGAUGCAAUCACGAGUUCACAGACAAGACGAGAAUGGCUAUUGAAGCUUGCCUCGAUCCGAACAUUGGCGUUGACGAUGCCGGCCAAGACAUAAAUGAUACCGAUCUACAUAAUGUCAUAUACCGACGUAUUCUUCAUCGAUUGGAAGAUGAACUAGAACAAGGUUUCCGUGAAGUUUUGGUUGAGCAGCUUGAUUCUUUGAUCCAAGAUCUAGAUCUUGCUAAUGGAGGCCGGCCCAUGCUUGGCAUGAAAAAACGAAGCAUGGCCCUUUCAGGGGGUAUGAAUACUCUCAAAAGACCCCUUGGCGAUGACAGUGCCAACCGCCGAGUAAGAUUUCAGAUUGCAACAAGCACUGUGAUUGCUAGGACGUCACAUGAUACACAUGCGACGCCGAUCAAAAUCAACACUUCGAACGAUCAAAGGGAAUCGUUGGGAAAGCAAAUCGAAAGUACAACAAGGUCCACUGCGUGGAAACAUGCUUCCACUGAGGCUAUUCAAAAAUUUCUCCGUCCAACUAUGCCCAGGAAAUUGCCAGAUGAUAGGCCGGAUACACUCCGCGUCAUGAACAUACCCGAAGAUAUUUCCAAGUUGCAAUUGCGUGAAACCCUUGAGCAAUAUUUUGCAUGGAACUGCAAGAUCCACAGUCUAGCCAGGGCUUCUCGAGAUGCGCGUUGGAAGAAACACGCCACCGUAACUUUUCCUGGAAUGUCCAAUCUCACGCUGGUUGAAACUAUCCACAAGUUGCAACAUCAGGUUGUUAACAACAACUUUGAGUUUGAUAGGAGCUUCCUAGGGCUCACACCAUUAUACGAUUCGGGCGAAUCAGCCACUUUGGAUAUCAUCGCAAUUGAAGGUUUAGGUACCAAUGCCUUUGGAACAUUCAGGGCUCCUCAAGGUGAUCUAAUGUGGCUGCGGGAUUUUCUACCGCAAAGCUUCCCGUCUUGCCGAAUAUUACUGUACGGCUACGAUUCAAAAGUACCAGACUCAAUGUCAAAUCAAUCUGUACCAGAGAUUGCAAGUACUUGCAAAAGCUUCGUCACAAACUUUCGUAGAAUGACAAAGACUGAUGAACGGCCUAUCAUAUGGCUAGGACAAUCGAUGGGCGGGUUGAUCAUUCAAGAAGUCUUGGUGCAAGCGCACAAACACAGGUCGCACGGCUCUUCUGGCAAUCUUUCGGAUCAGACUAUCGGUUUCCUGGGCUAUGGCGUACCUAUGAAUGGUCUUCGAAACGAGUCACUUCUAAACGCGGUCAGAAAACAGCCAAAUUUUGAGAUGAUUAGGAGUAUUUGUCUUGAUGAAGGCGACAGACCUUCGCGCUACCUGGAAGAUCUGGCCACUCGUUUCGCACUCUGCAACGAAAGGUUGAGUGUACACCAUUUCUAUGAGACGAACCCAUCGCCGGACAUUUGGAAACCAGAAGCUACACCUCAAUGA